AUGGCAGUGAUAUAUUUUGGUGCUCCAUGGUCAGAAUUUGUCGGCGAACGUGUGGUACUUUCCGUUCCAGCAGAUGUCGCAAGAACUGUAGAAGAUCCGUUUGAGCUCCUCGUAUUUUGGGACGAUGUCAUCAAUUCUAUCUCUGACUUUGCUGGCGUAGUUCGUUCUGAGAAUUACCAACGAUUCGUGUUCGACGCUGAUAUUGGGGGAGGCUAUAUGCAUUCCGGAUUUCCAAUUAUGGCACUUCUCGGAUCGGCGGGAAAUAGCGUCAAUUUGACCAUUAUGCGCCAAAAUGUGGGCGACAACUGGGGUUUCUUUCAUGAGUUGGGGCACAACCAUCAAUGGAACGAGUGGACCUUUGAAGGCGGAACGGAAGUCACCUGCAACAUAUUCUCGAUGUACGUCAUGAACCAAUUCUUGGGUCACCCCAUGCCAGACACUCGUCCCCACAUCUUACUGCCUGAAAACCUUCGGAGGUACAUAACUCAGUAUAUCUCCGAUGGAAUUAACUACCCAAAUUUUCAAAGGGACUACGACCGCGGUCUAAUUUUCUAUUACCAAUUGGAACGAAUUUUUGGAUGGGCCGCUUACAAAGAGGUGUUCCAGAGGUAUCGCGACCUUCCGGGGGAUGAACUACCAAGGAACGAUGAUGAGAAGCGUGACACCUGGCUCAUUAUUUUUUCAACUGUGGUGCAACGCAAUAUUGCCGAAUUGAUGAAAUCGUGGGGAAUUCCGGUCUCUGCCGCGGCAGAGGAUCAAGUUGCCCACCUGCCCGAUUCCGGGUUUACGAUUUACUCCUUGCUGGAGUAACCAAGCUGAUAUAUUAAUAAAUGGGUGGCCUCAAUAUUUUUUUCGUGUAAACGACCAAUUUUUUUAUCCUUAUCGGUUUCUCUGAUAAGCUCUUAAUAAGAAUUACACAUUUAUUUUCCGUAUGUGUUUCACCCUGACGCUACCUAUUAAUUUGAAAUUAUGUAUG